CGCUCUCUUUUCUUGUGACUUCUUCCAGAUUUACUGCGUCUUGCAAUGAGUUCUCGGGACCGCACGAGGACGGCGCGCACGCUCCAACCAGGCAGUUGUGCAGUGCUCCUUCACUGAACGCGCAAUAUCAACACUCGCUGUGCACACCACCAGGUGCCGGACUUGGGACACUGAAUGAAGAUCUCAGAGCCUCUGAACUCAUUUUGAGAGCAUUUCUAAUGAUGUCAGGAAUCACCGUAAAUUAUGCUUGUGGGGAUUGCUCACCUCUUCCUGAGCGGAACUCCACCGCGGAAUCUCACCUGUAUCCACCGAUAGACGAGGAUGAUGAACUUCUUAAGUACAUCUGGAGAGAAUACCUCCACCCUAAGCAGUAUGAAUGGGUUCUGAUAGCAGGCUACAUCAUUGUUUUCUUCGUUUCUCUAAUAGGAAAUACACUUGUCUGCUUUGCCGUAUGGAAGAACCAUCACAUGAGGACAGUGACAAACUACUUUAUUGUGAACCUGUCUCUGGCUGACAUCCUGGUGACCAUCACCUGCCUGCCUGCCAGCCUGGUCGUGGACAUUACAGAGACCUGGUUCUUCGGAAAAACACUGUGCAAAGUGCUACCUUAUCUGCAGACCAUCUCCGUCUCCGUGUCGGUGCUGACGCUCAGCUGCAUCGCGCAGGACCGCUGGUACGCCAUCUGCCACCCGCUGAUGUUCAAAAGCACGGCCAAGCGGGCGCGCAAGAGCAUCGUCCUCAUCUGGGCGGCGUCCUGCGUCAUCAUGGUCCCGCAGGCCGUGGUGAUGGAGUGCACCAGCCUGAUGCCCGAGCUGACCAACAAGACCAGCCUGUUCACCGUGUGCGACGAGCACUGGGGAGCUGAAAUCUACCCCAAAGUCUACCACACCUGCUUUUUCAUCGCUACAUACUUUGCUCCCUUGUGUCUGAUGGUGUUGGCCUACAUUCAGAUAUUUCACAAACUGUGGUGUCAACAGAUUCCGGGAACGUCCACCGUGCUGCAGAGGAAAUGGAAGUCUCUGCAGUGUUCGGCCCAGGCCCCCGGCCCGGGCGAGUCUGUGAAGGUGCGGACCAGCACCGUGUCGGCUGAGAUAAAGCAGGUGCGGGCCAGGCGUAAGACCGCACGCAUGCUGAUGGUCGUCCUCUUGGUUUUCGCCCUCUGCUACCUGCCUAUCAGCGUACUCAACAUCAUGAAAAGGGUCUUUGGAACAUUCAAGAACACCAACAACAGAGAGACCGUCUACGCCUGGUUCACGUUCUCUCACUGGCUAAUAUACGCCAACAGCGCAGCCAAUCCCAUCAUUUACAACUUCCUCAGCGGAAAGUUUCGAGAGGAGUUCAAGGCGGCGUUUUCCUGCCGGUAUUUGGGGACGAGCCCUAGCAAAGAGAAGCGGGUCAGAGGGAGGACCAGUACGGACAGCCGAAAAUCCGUCUCCACUCAAGUCAGCCACUUCGACAACGUCUCCCGGAUUUCUGACCAGGUGGUCUAGACCAAUCGAGUGAAGGGUUACUGUGAGGAUACUGCUGAGCAGGGCGGGAGACACUGCUGAACAGGGCAGGAGGCUUAAUCUGGAACUGAGAAAGAGGUUGUACCUGAAUGGGACACGCGGCUUGUUUGGGUACUUCUUACGCUAUCACUGAUGCCAUCUUUCAAGGAUUAAUCCCUCCUUUCCAGCAGCUGGCGAUAGAAGUGAAGUGGAACAGAGUGGACUUGAAAUGGAUGUCGACCAGGCCAUUUGAGCAGAAUGUAACACAAACUGACCAGGCACUGUUCACUUUCGCUGUGAAUAUUCUGUUCGUUUCCUUUGAAGAAUGAGCAGGUGAAUGUAUGCAUGGAUGAGUGUGUGAGCUAGAGAAUGAGUGAAUGAUUUAAUGAGUGAGUGAGUGAGCUUGAGAGUGAAUGUAUGAAUGAGUGGGUGAAUGGAUGACUGACUUCAAGGCGCUAAAGAGAGAGAGUGAGCUGGAGUAAAAUAGGAUCAGUGGUUGAAGUAUGGCUUCCUUCAGCCCCAGGCAAAUAAAAAAACACAAUAAAUUUGUGACACGCAUUGUGCCAGGAACAAGUCCGCAUACAGGGUAUGGAAAAACACAGAGAUAAAAAGAACGCAGGAACAGAGAGAAAGCAGUGAUCGAGGGUUAUUCUGAUUGACUGAGGCUCACGCCGUGCACAGUACAGCUAGUUCCUUUUCUUUUUUUCCCCGGUAACAGUGAAAAAGACAUACUGUGCUAGGCGAGUUGUUCAGACUUCUCUGUGCUUUCCUUUUGUAAUUCCAGUUGUGUGCCUGUGAUAUCAUGUUGGCAGACUGUCUAGAAAGUAUUUCCGUGAUGCCAAACAUUUUAUUUUUCAGGAUUAAUAAUAUAAAUUUACCAGAUGAUACUUGGCAAAUUAAGGGAGAGGGUGGGUUGUGUCCUUCUCAGAAUGUCAGCGAAUCCUCAUCAAAUGUGAAAGCCCUGUCUGUGAGGGACCAGAGAAGUAGCCCAGCAGGGGGAGCCACUGUCCCAGAAC